AUGUCUUCUUCGGAUAAUGAAGUGUCAAGAUGGCACCCAAGACAUGUCAGAGAAAUAGCUGAGCUCUUGUCACCAAUGGUCUCACCUAACAAUGCUCACAUUUUUUCACCAGAGAACCCUCUUCUUGGCAUAGACCAAUGUAUGCACAUUUUUGGAAAAGCAGAUUCUGCCUACAGUUCUUUCUCAGGGAGCUCAAAUCUUCCAGACUUCUCUGGGUCAUUAGGCUCCAGUGAACAUGAUUUACUUCCUCUGAAGCAAGUGCCAUAUAUGGACUCAGGACACAUAGGAGGUAUUCGUAAUCCCAGUGUGGGAAAUGUUGAGCGUAGACAGAUGUAUGAAAACAAAAUGGUGAGAAAAUGCAACUACCGUAAGUUGGACAGUCCUGCACAUACCAAAUCAUUUGGGAACAAGCCGACACCUGGGAUGUUAUACCAAACUGCAUCACCAUUGGCCAGGCUUUCACCUCUGCUUUCUCCUUCACCAUCCCCAACAGCUCAAGUAGAUGACUAUAAAGCUAACAGAAGUGUGGAUGAAACUCAGGCUGGAAUCUGCUUUCGAAGUAAUGUUCAAGGAGAAACUUAUAUGCAAGAGGCCAGCCAAGUGCUUCCCUUGCACACCCUACAACAUUGCUGUAAUGACUGUUGGCUCUCAAUUUCUCAAAAUGAAAGUCCAGUAACAGAAAAGGGUGUUAUUUGGUAUCCUAGUAAACUGAACGCCACAAAGAAAAGUAGCACUACCUCUUCCACCAAGCAUUCUAUUCUUCAAGGACAGUUAAAAUCUGGCUCUCUGGCCAAGAAGACCCAGGAGAUGUUGACUGCUCAAAAUACAAUUCAUGCUUAUAAAAUUCCUGAGGGAAUGAGGGCUAAGCCUUCUCUUUCACUGCAGACCAGCCACAAACCUGUUAAUGAUCCACUGGAGAACAAACAGCAUUUGUAUGCCUGCAGUGUACACAAGCCACCCUUUGGAGAAGCAGAUUUGACGCGCACGGCUGCAAUACCCAGGAAACAGGAGGGGCCGCCUUACAGUGUUCUGGACCUGUUCAGAGUUGAUGAUUAUUCAGGUUUCGAUCACAGUAUAUCCAAGAGCAGUAAAACUUUAAAAUGCGCUGACAACUCUGUUCCUAAUAAAGCUACACCAGGAAUAAUUAAUGCCUAUGAAGAUAAGGACUGCACUCUCUGUUCUGAGGAAGAAAACAGCAGAAGCAUUUGGCAGCAACCUUUAAAAAUCCCGAAGCUGCCGUCUCAAGCUUUGGAUUCUACAGAAUCAUUUUCUAGUGAAAUUUACGAGACAUCAAGUUCAGUAUCUUAUUUCAACCAUGAUGCAGAAGAAGUUGCUUCUAAAUUAUUCAAUGGCCUUGGAAAAACAGAGCAGAAUACAGCCAGCAGCACCAACCUUUUAACAAAUCCUAGUCAAGAGGAAAUGCUCAAGCCUUUUGGUUUUCCCAAACUUCCCUUUUCAAAGGCUGAAAGUCAACCCCAGAAUGACUCGGCCAAUAUCAAGAUUAAUAGAAAGACGACUCCUUUGCUUUAUUAUCUUUCUGGUGGGAGAAAUUCCAGCUUUAUGAAUAAUAAAAAUCAGGGUCAAGAACAUGAAGACUUCGUGAUGAAAUCUCCAAGGAACAAUCAUCCAGGCUUGGCUGAAGCAAUAGAAAUACCAAAGGACAGUAACAGCUAUGUCGAUGAUACUGCCAACAAGAAUGAGGGCUCCUUGGAUGAAAAGUUCAAGAAUGACUACCGAGAAAAACUUAAAGUUGCCCAACAGAAGGUCCUGAGAGAAACAUCUUUUAAGAGAAAGGAUUUACAGAUGAGUUUGCCUAUUCGGCUAAAGGAGAAGCCCUCUUCAAGGCCAUCUAUUCAACACCUCAGGUCAUUGUCAUUAUCUAGUACAAAUGAGGACUCCAAAUUGAUUCCUCCACCCAAGCCACAGGAAACUAUUUAUCCAGAGGAGGAAUCAAAAAAGCCACAGACUGUCCGAAUUGGGGGAAGAAAAAGGGCAACCAAAGAACAAAAGAAGAUGUCCUAUUCUGAACCUGAUAAGCUCAACCAGUUGGAUGACCAGAGGGAUCAAAGUAUAUCAUGGGGACGUAAAAAUGCAAGGUCCCGGUCUGAUGAGAUUACCGGACAGGAUAUGAGGACAAUCAGAAGUAAGGCUCUGGAAAAUCAAGGCAGGGCUAUUUCAAAAGCUGAACUGAAGCAGUUACAGCACAAUGCACUUCUUGAGUACAUGGAACGAAAGAUUGGGCAGCAGCCUGCUGUUGCAAAGAACUGGUCCCAGCCAAAACUAUCUUCACAACUCAGAAUUUUGAGUUCAAAGAGGCUUCCAGAGGACACCACUUCCAAUCCUAGUACCACUAGAAAGUCACAGAAUAUGUUCUUUCCAUUCCCUGCUUCUGGGAGAAUUCAUGAACCACCUUCUGUCUUCCCUACGUCAACUUCUACAGCCACCACAACUGACAGAUGUAUUCUCAGGUCACUGGAGUUUGAGCUGCUGAAUUCUAAAGCACAGCCUGCUAUCAGUGAAGAAAGCUGUAACAGCAAAUAUGUACCAGCUCAAAGUUUUCUUCAUUCAGGUUCUGCUUCCAGCGAAGCCCGAGAGAGAUCCCAAUCAGUUCCUUCUCCCAUUCAGGAUUGCUACAGAUCUAUAGCUUUUUCAGCCUUGUCAUCUCAAGAUCAUGGAUAUUAUGCUGCACAUCACAGCUUCCCUGUGGCUGAGAAAGAAGAUUCUGGAGACAGUGAAGACAGUAAGAAAUCCAUAGAGAAUUCACACAGCCAAGAAAUUGAAUUGUCUUUGUUCUCCAAAGAAAAGAGUAAGAAUGCUCAGCUGAAGCAAGAAAUAAGUGAAAACUCUGAAGUGUUCAGUGUACCGGGGGAAACCCAGUGGCAGCAUAGGGAGGAAGAAGACACAUCAGGUCAUUCAGAAGACAUGACAGAUAAUUGCACAGCCCUGUUAGACAACGAAGGACCUAAACACUUGAGUCAACAAUUAGGAAAUUUAAAAGUUUUGCAGAAUGAAGAUGAGCAUCAGUUUUCAUUGCAAGAUACAGCUUUAUCCAUAGCUCAGUCAAAAUCUCAACAGGACCAAAAGUAUGACCAUCUUGCAGUUGAGGUUAUUGCUGAAGACAAAUCUCUGGUUGAUAUCCUCAUGUCUCAUCCCUCUAGAAAGACUGUUUAUGAUCUCAUGGAAGGCCUUUUCCCGGUGAACACUUCAGUGUCAAGAAAGUCUCACAGAAGGAAUUGGGAAAUUCAAUCUGCCCAAGCAAAUGACCAAAGAAGCAAUGAGUGUGGAACAGACCCAUAUCAUGGAACUAUGAAUGAUCUUGGACAAAGAGCAGAAGAUGACAUACUUCAUAUAAAUCAAAUCCUGAUUGAAAAUAGAGAAAGCCUUCUUGAUGUAGACAGAAUCACAUCUAAGAAAAAGCAGCUUAUUUCAAGCAUCCAGUCAACAUUGCAGACCCUUCAGGAUGAGAGGGAACUUAUCCAGUCAGAAGCUAUGGAGCAUGCUGCUCAUGGGAAGGUGCUGGAAUCCCUGGUACACGAUCUUUGUAAACCCAACGAGCAAGAGCGCUACCUGAUGUUCAUUGGUGAUUUGGAGAAAGUUGUGAACCUGCUGCUAUGCCUCUCCACCCGCCUUGCUCGGAUCCACAAUGCUAUGGGGAAAAUGGAUGAAAACACAGAUGCUGAGGAGAAACAAUCCUUAAAUGAGCGGCACCGACUUUUGUCCGGGCAGCAGGAAGAUGCAAAGGACUUGAAGGAGAACUUGGAUCGCAGAGAAAGGGUGGUGUCAGGCCUUCUUUCCAAAUACAUGACUAAGAAUCAGCUCCAGGACUACAAACUCUUUAUACAGGAGAAGAUAACUCUACUGAUCAAACAAAAGGACCUUGAGGAACACAUUAAAUUUCUUGAAGAGCAACUGGAGAGACUAGAGAAGAGUAUUCCUCCUUAAAACCCUAUUAUCUGCUUUCCAUAAUAUCUAUUAACAGAAGGGUCAUUUAAGAUGUGACCAAGGGAACGUUUUGAUUAUUUCAGGCUAGCCAUCACAAGAUCCCACCGCUGACAAAGGCUAAAUUGGCUCAAGCAUACAGUACAUUCUUUGAAGGAAAUGGCAAAGCCUUCACUGCAGAUAGCAGUUUUAAAAAAUCUUGAAAUGGUACAAUGGUACAAUGUGUGUUGCCUUUUCGUAAGGAGUUAAUGUGAUCCUCUCUUCUUUAUUGACUGCAGUCUGUUUUCAGACUGAUAUAAUAAUAAUAAUAAUAAUAAUUCCACAAAUAUAUUUUAUGCUAUAUUGAAUGUUCAUUAUUGCCUGCCCUUAAUUCUUUUUUUAUCCCAAACAUCAUCAAUAUCUCUUUCAUUGUUAUUUAGUUAUUGCCAGGUAUUAUGUUAAAAUCAUACAUUCUGUUCUUGGAGCCCUUUCAAUAAAAAAUGUUCAUUGGCUACAGAGAAUGCUAAUUUACAUUCUUAUUCUCAGGUAAUAAAUGCUUUAAGAUUGCAGCAUGGUCUGUGGCAGAGGCAAGGGCUGGUUUUCAUGUCAUACUAACCAUUGUUGGGUUUAUCAGCCUUUAUGGAAUAAGCCACCGUUAGUUGGCUUUGCCCAAUGUCCUAAGUGUUAACUAUAGUUACAUUAACCAUACAUCCUCUAUUAUAAAGGACAGUCCUUUAUUU